AUGGCGGAUAGAGAUGGAAAUGGAGUAACGGUGUUACGUGUUGGAUGCAGACCCCCCGUCAGCUACCCGUCAGCCUUCCCGUCACGCCUACCCGCGUCAGCUGCCGUCAGCCUGCCCGUCAGCCUGCCCGUCAGCUGCCCCAGCCUGCCGUCAGCCUGCCCGUCAGCCUUGCCCGUCAGCCCUACACCCGUCAGUGCUGCCCGUCAGCCUACCCCGUCAGCCUACCGUUCAGUCCUGCCGUCAGCCUGCCCGUCAGCCUGCCGUUCAGCCUGCCUCGCGUCAGCCUGCCCGUCAGCCUACCCUCAGACCUACCCGUCAGCUGCCCGUGUCAGCCUGCCCGUCACCUACCCGUCAGCCUACCGCAGCCUGCCGCAGCUCCGUCAGCCUGCCCGUCAGCCUGCCGUCAGCCUGCCCGUCAGCCUGCGUCAGCCUGCCCGUCAGCCUGCCCGUCUUUCAAAGUUCGGAGCUUAUGGUGUAAAGGAGUGUGGUGUUCAAGGAGUGUUUUCCACGCAGGAUUCAGGAGAGGUAUUCGACCAGCAGUUGCAAGUAGUAAUAACAGCUGUAGUAACGGCAACAGCAGCAGCUAGUGGCUACUACACAUCGAAGGAUGCCCGAUUGACUACAUAUACAGUGUCAACAAAUAUGUCGACGGCGACCACAUAAAAAACUACUAGGAAACUAGGAUGGCGUCGAUUGUCAUAGGGUGCCGCUAUGACCUUGCUACGGUCGAUAAAUUACCAGCGCGUUCAUGGACCCCAUACUAAUAGCAAGAUCUGUUCCUGAGAACAAGGUCUAUGAGAAGUCGUUUGUGCCUGGCACUAGAUGAACUCAAAAAUAUCACGGAAAUGAAGGUUGAGAAGAACUUCUCGAGAAAGUUACAAAAUUCAAAUCUUUAGAAGAUGCCUAGAAGAAGCCUAACAGCUCUCAAGUAAAUAUUUAUAGUACAUGUAUAGAUCUUUAGGAGAUAAUCUAACUGGUUUAUUUGUUAAUACAAAUUUUGUGAAGAAAAUUUCAUUUCUAACUCAAAUACAUGAAAUAGUAAUGUACACAAGGUUGAUCAACCCUAGAAAUCAAUAUGAAGUAUACUUAGUGUAAAAUAUUGGCCUUUGAUGGGGAUUCUGAAUUCCAUGGAGAAGUGUAACCAUGCUAUUGCAAAAUCGUGAAAUAAUACUUCAACUCACUACCCAGAGCUAUCAAUAGCGAAGGUUGAAUGGUAAAAUUACUUGAAUUAUAAUGAUUAUCAAAAUGAAAUAUACUGGUAAUUGUAAAAUUCUGUAAAUUGUAAAUCAAAUAUUUUAUGUAUUGUAUUUAAAUUUCUCUGAAUUAACUGUACUUCUGAAUUUCUUAAUAGAGACCCGCUUUUGAGAAAUUUAAACAGUUUUCUAAUAUAAAGUUUGUAAUUUUACUUAGGGUUUCAAGAACCGUUUAUAAGACCUUACAACGUACUCUUGGCCUAUAUUUUUUAAAUGGAUAUUUUCAGCAUUUUGGGGAAUCUUAAUUGGAAUUUCACUUGAAAUUUUCAGAACAGUAUUCAGACAUUGUUUCUAGUAUUUGAUUGUGCACUGAUAUUAGGUUAACUAGGUUUUAGAUGAUUAAGCUUGUCAAUUUGAUAAAUGAAGCAGAUUUGUUAAUUACCCAGGUACAGUUUCGAUAAAGGUCUCUAAAAUUAUACCGUUGUACUUCCUAUUCACUUGUAUUUUUAACUGAUUUUGGACUAAAUAUUCUAAAAAUGGCAUAAUGUUAACGUACCUAAUGCAUCUCUUGUGGUUUAAGAAAAUAACUCCUAAACAAGGAAACUCGCAUGUUUCUAUGAAUUUCUGUACUUCAAAGCGCCUGUCUUACAUCAAAAUUGUCGGAUAUUCAUGCCAUACGGGAUGACAAUGUAUUCAAAAAGAAAUAUAGAUUGUAUCUUGCGAUUGCUACCCUGUCUCUGAGUCCCUGCCACUCCGUGUCAGUUUGAUGCAUCAAGGCCGCUAGUCGAAUCAUCUGGAGCCAACUUCAGCUCCGACGGCGCCAACACACACUCAGACGUCUGAUUCGGGUUGGUGGCAGCGCAACAAACUGAGUGAAUUUGCACCUCAAGGAAGGAAAACAAACAAACCGUGUAAACUUUCGUUGGUCCUCCGGAUUACUGUUAACUCAUGUGCUUCUAUUAUAUACAUUAAAAUUAAACUUUAAUUUAUUUGUAAACGAAUAUUGCCUUUUCAUUCAUCUCAAAAGGAAACAGUCCCGCUGUGAUCCAUGUAUGAAGGCGCGCUCUACAAGGCAUCUCUCACCGUGUGGCAUCUCCUAUAAUGUCAAAGGUCAUAAAGUGUAACUGGGUAGUGCACACACUAAUUUUGUAUGCACAAGUGGCCUGUAGCAUCGAAUGUUAACUGUUGGUGUAAUAUGAAAAAUGUCAAUACCUUUUGUGGCACUUUCUUUGAUUAGGGCCUUCACCUGACACCAUGGUCUCCCGCAAAACUGGGAUCCCAUUAAAAAUUUAACGAUGAGAAAGAGGUCUUAACAAUUUUUUGGCAUAUAAAUUGGCAAAAACUAUUACAAAUACAUUUGCUAUUUAACUGAUUUGUUCUUAAACUGUUGGUUCACGCCAAUCAGUCUCCAGUUGGUGUGAACGAUGCGACAUGAACUUAGAACAGUGAACUUACAAAAUUCCUAUGUACAAUUUUCAGAGAAAAGCAGUUUUAAGUAUAGAAUAAAUUUGUGAGAAUACUUGUGGCUUACAAACGUAAAGUGAAACAACUUAUGACUUUUAACGAACUUUUUUAUCAAUGACUAGACACUACUUUUGUAACCUAUUAUAAACCUGAAAUAAAAACUGCAAGC